UCGACAGCUGUCACCUGUCAAAAUUGUUUCCAUCUCUUUCGCUCCCGGGUAGUGUUCAAGAUGAGUACGAAAAUCAUUAAGGCCAGCGCCGUUGAGCCCGAUGCUUUCGAGACCUCGAUCUCGCAAGCGUUGGUCGAGUUGGAGACCAACUCGGACUUAAAAGCUCAACUCAGGGAGCUUUACAUUACAAAAGCUAAGGAAAUUGAACUCCACAACAAAAAGUCCAUCAUUAUCUAUGUACCAAUGCCUAAACUGAAGGCAUUCCAAAAGAUCCAAAUCAGACUAGUACGUGAGCUUGAGAAGAAGUUCAGUGGCAAACACGUCGUGUUCAUUGGUGACCGCAAAAUCCUGCCCAAGCCCAGCCACAAGACCCGCGUUGCUAAUAAGCAGAAGAGGCCUAGGUCCAGGACUUUGACCUCAGUGUAUGACGCUAUUUUGGAAGACUUGGUGUUCCCCGCUGAAAUUGUGGGCAAGCGCAUCCGAGUCAAGCUGGACGGAUCCCAGCUCAUCAAAGUGCAUCUCGACAAGAACCAGCAGACCACUAUUGAACACAAGGUCGACACCUUCCAGUCAGUAUACAAGAAGCUCACGGGGCGUGAAGUCACGUUUGAAUUCCCCGAACCUUACUUGUAAAUUUAGACUAAUGACUUUACAAUAAAAACAAAAACAUA